UUUCAGUAAUUUAAAAUUAAAAAUUUUGCUAUCGAUAAUCGGUUAUCGUUUUCAUAAUUCCUUGAUGUCACAUAGAGUUGUCAAAUUUACGCCAAAAUAUCGAUUUACCCGCGUUUGACAUUCUUGUCGGAUGUGUUAUUUCGCGAACGCGGAGGGUUUUUAAUUUUUCAUGUGUAAUUAAUUCUUUUAGUUGUGCGAUACCUCAAAAGAUUUUAAAAAUAGUUUGAAUAAUUGAAAGUGAAUUUUUGUUUUAUUCUGGACGAAAUCAUGGAUAGACGUUCCCGAAGUAUUGAAUCACCGCAUCGUCGACAUCGAAAUGGAGGAGCUACUUCUGGUGGUAAUACUGGUGGCAUGUCACGCCGUGAUUAUAGGCGCUAUAGCAGAUCACGUUCUCGUUCUCGUGAAAGAAGUCGCGAACAUAACUUUCGUAGACGUUCGCGUUCCAGAAGUCGUGAACGCAUUUUACAUCGCAGAAGCACCGACAAAGAUUUAUAUCGCGAUAUAAUAUACGAUGACUAUGAGGAUGAUAAGGGUUAUAGUCGCCAUAAUCGGCAAAACCGUGGUCGCGAAAAGGGGCGUGAAUAUGAUCGAGAUACGGACAGAGAUAGAGAAAGAGAAAGAAACGACAGAAAGGAGACUUCACAUAAUCGUUAUGAUGAUAAUAGAGGAAGAUACAAUUCAGCAGAACAAGACUUAGGUAGCGAGGAUAGUGACGACAGUUCGAAUAGUCAUUAUUACAACAAAACUCCUUCCAGCACUGUUAUUGUAUUGGGUUUGCAGAAACAUGUCACUGAAGGCGAUAUAAUGAAUGCAUUAAUAGGCCUGAAUAUGGCUCCUUCAAAUGUUCGUCUUAUACGCAGAGUCACAGGUGCAUCAAGGGGUUUCGCAUUCGUCGAGUUUAAUACCGUUGAAGAAGCUGUACGUUGGAUGGAAUUAACCCAGGGUACUUUGGUUCUAAGAGAUCAAACGCGUGCUCAGCUUCAGUACAGCCAUUCAGGCAGACGAGCUAAGAAGUCUGAUUGGUAUUGUGGAAAAUGUGGAAUGUUUAAUUUUAAACGUCGCUACAAUUGCUUUAAGUGUUACGCAUCAAGAGAGGAAAGCGAGAAAGGUGGCGAUGGCAGUGAUGAAGUUAGCAACAUCCUUACGAAAAAAAUCAUGUUACGUAAUUUGGAUGCGCUCACUAACGAGGAAGGUGUUCUAACUGUAAUGGAACAGCAUGUUCCGGAUCUGGCGAAGAAGAUAAGCAAGAUUUUGGUUAGUCGUGAUGCUUUGACACAGACGUCACGUGGUAUUUGUUACUUAAAUUUUGAAAGUCUCGUGGAUUCAAUGAAUUUGCAUAAUGCAUUAAAUGCAAUUGAACCGCCACUGGAGAUUGACAAUCGCGAAGUUAUUGUUAGUUAUUGCAUUGAUCACGAGAAUCGUCAAAUAGUGCCAAAAAAAUCUGGGUGCGAAGCUUUGUCAGGUACAGCCACAUCUGUAGACUCAAUGGGCGCUUCUGGAUCCAGUGCCAUUACUCAUUAUACUCUAGCAGAUGUUCCGCGUCUUGCUGAGUACAGUGCUGCCUUGUAUGCAUCCACACCAGCGGAACAAGCUCAUUACUUGCAAUACUAUACAGAAUAUUAUAUAAGCGAAAUAAAUAAGGGUAGCUUUAGUAAUUUGCCAACCGUCUCGCAAAUAAGUGAGGCGUCAGCGAAUUCCGGAGCUGCUGUGGCCCUGUCUGCAAUACAAAAUAAACAGAAAAAAAUGAACAACAUUGAGACAACAGCAACACAAGCAGCAGCUGCUGCAGCAGCCGCAGCGGCAGCAGUAAAAGCAACUAUCGCUUCAAAAAUUGAUACGCCCAAGGGAAAUGAUGGCAAAGUAUAUCCCACGCCCGAUGUAACAUUGUAUCAAUAUGAUGAAACUUCUGGUUACUAUUACGAUCCAACUACUGGCUUAUACUAUGACGCACAUUCUCAGUAUUAUUAUAAUAACACUACUGGUGCUUAUUUAUAUUGGGAUCAACGUAAAAGUACAUAUGUAUUAGCAACACCGGCAGCUGCCGCAGCUACUAUUGAAGAAGUCAUUAAACAGGAGGAGAAUAAUAAGACUACCAACUCUGCAGUAGAGGAUGAAUCGAAAAAAGACAAAAAGGAUGUCAAGCAUGACAAAGUAAAAGUUGCUAAGAAAAUUGUGAAGGAUAUGGAGAAAUGGGCAAAGCAACUAAAUCAAAAGAAAGACUACACAGUCGUGGCAACACCACAGCCAAUUUUACCAGCAAAAACUGAAGAUCAACAAGCACGCUCACAACCAAUCGCCUCUAGCAGUAGUGCAUAUGCGGAUGUGGGCUUCUCAAUUUUAGAAAAGAAAGAUCGUUCAAAGCUAACAGAGUUUGUGUCUACAAUAAAUAUCAAUAAUAAGCUUUUAUCUGCAUAUGGCGGUUCAGAUUCAGAUGAAGAUCAUUCCGUAAUGUCCACUUCGAAUGUUAUUGGCAAAUUACAGAAACCUGGAGUAUCUAGUGAAAGUGAUUAUGUUGAUUUUCAAAAACUUACCUGUUUGCUUUGCAAACGGGCUUUCCAAUCAUUGGAUAUUUUGCAAAAGCAUUUGAAAAUGUCAAACUUACAUAAAGAGAAUUUGCAGAAGUAUAAUUUAUCUCAAAGCCAAGCGGAAGGUGAUGCGACGUCUGCUGGAUUAUCAUAUCGUGAUCGAGCUAAAGAACGUCGCCUUAAAUAUGGGGAAAGUGAUCCACCACCGCCAAAUCGAACUCGUGAACGUUUCGAAACGGAGAUAAAGAACUUAACAUCUCGUCAGAUGGACGCAACACCAUCAAUGCCUAUAAGUUCAAAUAACGUAGGAAAUCGGCUUUUACAAAAAAUGGGGUGGUCCGAGGGUCAAGGAUUAGGAAGAAAGAAUCAAGGGCGUACCAAUAUUAUCGAAGCUGAAGCCAGGUCAACGACCGCUGGAUUGGGUACUAAACCAGGCAUUGGACCUGGUGACGAUUAUAAAACUUAUAUUAAAAAAAUGAUGAAGUCCCGCUAUGAAUCUGUAUGAUUUGUGUUAUAAUGUUUGUUAUGAAUAUUUUUAGUAAUAAAAAUAAUGUAAUUAGCAAUAAGUCCACAUAGAUAAUGAUAUAUAUUAUAGGUAUAAUAGGUUAAAUCAUUAAAUUUAUUAAUUGUAUAAUAUGAUCAAACACUUGAUUGUAAUCUGUAUGUGUUAUACAUUAUUACCGCAACAUAUUUCUUUUCAUAAUCAUUAAUUUUAUUGUGAAGGGUAAAGCACGAAGGUCAAGAAAUUGAAAACUAACUAUUUAUUAUAUAUAAUUAUAUAACAUCUAUCAUUAAUCAGUGGCAAAUCAUUUGACAAUGAUUUCAAAAUGUUGUCAUGAUUAAGAUAUUUGGAGGUGUUGCGAACAUUAGUGAAUUGCAACAUUGCCAAAUACCUAUAAUCAGUCGUCUUUUAAAUUAUUUCUUAUAUUUAAAUAUACGUUAAUAAUUUU